AUGGCUUCAUUCAAACUUCUGACCACCGUUCUCUUUGCAGGAACAUCACUUGCUCUCCCUCGUUCACAAACAUCCAACAAUCCAACGGCAACUAUUGAUAAUGGCGUGGUAAUCGGCACCACAACUUCCAUUUCCGACUCUAAAACCAUCGUUAACCAGUUCCUUGGUAUUCCCUUUGGUGAAAAGCCCGUUCGUUUCAGUCCUCCCAAGCCAGCCAAAGAAUGGGACACACCCUAUGAUGCUUCUGAGUAUAAGCCGUCAUGUUUUAUGAAAUUCAACUACCCAGAGGAGAAACGCAACCGAACUAUCAAGACCUUUGCUACGCCUGGUCCCCCGGCGGGUACUGAUGAAGACUGUUUGAAUCUCAACAUUUAUGCACCUGCUGGCGUAAAGGCUGGUUCAAAACCCGUUGCAUUUUGGAUUCAUGGGGGUAGCUUCAGCCAUGGUUCUGGAUCGCUGCCUUACUACGAAGGAUCCAAAAUGGCGGGAUAUGAGGAUAUCGUUGUCGUCACAAUCAACUACCGAACCAACAUUUUUGGUUUCCCUGCAACCUAUGAUUUGCCUGAAGGAGAAUGGAAUGUUGGCUUCCUUGACCAACGACUAGCCCUGCAAUGGGUCCAAGAUAACAUCGAAGCCUUUGGAGGAGACCCCAAAAAAGUCACCAUCUUUGGAGAAAGCGCUGGCGCAGGAAGUGUUGAGGAUCUUAUCACCGCUCCUCCUGAUCCUCUCCCUUUCCGCGCAGCUAUACUUCAGUCUGGUACCGCCAACACCAACGUAACGCCCAACGGUUCUUGGGAUGUUGCCGCCAAAUCAGCGAACUGUGAUAAUGACGAUUUUGAAAAGAUGCUUGAGUGUAUGCGCGAAGUCCCCGCUACAAAACUCAAGGAUAUCAUCGAGAGAGCUGAGCUUGAUUUUCAACCCAUCAGUGAUAAUGGGACAACUCUUGCAAACUUCCCCCGUGAUAUCCGCCUCAAGUCCAGCGACAAGAACACAAUCAUGGCGCGUGUUCCUGUCAUGCUGGGAUCGACCGCUGAUGAGGCACGAUUGGAAGACUUUAUGAACAUCACGAUCGAACAAGCCCUUCGCGCUUGGAUGCCAGACGUCACUUCGGCCCAAGUCUCGAUUCUCAAGACCUUUUACCCCAUUGGAUCUCCUGGUAUCAGCAACGACUUCGACCAAGUUGUCAGGAUCGCAACCGAACUCGGCAUGCAGUGCCCAAUCCGCUAUGUUGCAGAGGACUUUGCUGAAACAGGCAUAAAGACUUGGAGAUUCUUGUACAAUGCCAGCUUUGCAAACACGGAGAUAUUCAAUGGCAGUGGUGCUUACCACUCUUCUGAAAUUCCAACUCUCUUCGGUACAUUCCCCGAAGAGGGGUCUACGGAUUUCCAGCAUGAGUUGAGUAGGGAGAUGCAGAAGGCCUGGGGCAAGUUUGUUAGGGAUCCCAAGAAUGGACCAGGAUGGGGACAGAUUCCAAAGAUUGGUGUCUUUGGAGGCGGCGUGAGUCCUGAUUCUGACGAGAAGCCAGAGAAGGCUUUGGAGGUUUCUAAUACCCAUCUGCUUGAACCCAGAUGCAUUGCAUUCAACGGAUUAUGGACAAAGGGCAAGACUGAAGAGUAA